AUGACUUCACAGGCGCAGGCGCAGGAGCUCGAGGACGAGCUUGUGAGCAACGCGGGCGUGGCGCUCAUGGCCAUUGCGCCGCUACUGACCCUGAACAUCGUGUCCGAGCCGACGGUGGCCACCCACCUCCUCGCCUCGCCGCGGUUUGUCGACGCCCUGCUCCCGCUCUGCUGCCCACCUGCCGCCGCCGACCCGUCCGCCACCUCGGCUGUCGACGACCGCUCUGCGCGCAUGGCUAUGGAGCGUGCCUUGGGUGUGUUGGCGCACCUGAUGGAGCUGGCCGAGCCGCGCAAGGUUGCGGCUGCCUUUGCCGGGCGCGGCCUGGUUGACGCCGUCAAGGGCGUCCUUGCUGCCGAGGACGACUCCGCCGGCGACAUUGCGCAGUCUGCUCAGGCCGUUUUGCGCCAAUGGGACGUUGUCCGCGCUGCCGUGGCUGAUGCCGAUGCCGCUGCCGAUGCGCGGGCAAAGGUGAAGGUUGAGGCUGCCAAGGCCAAGGCUGAGGCUGAGGCUGAGGCUGCUGCUCAGGCCAAGGCUGAGGCUGAGGCUGAGGCUGAGGCUGCUGCUCAGGCCAAGGCUGAGGCUGAGGCUGAGGCUGAGGCUGCUGCUGAGGCUGCUGCUGAGGCUGAGGCUGCUGCUCAGGCCAAGGCCAAGGCUGAGGCUGAGGCUGAGGCUGCUGCUGAGGCUGAGGCUGCUGCUCAGGCCAAGGCCAAGGCUGAGGCUGAGGCUGAGGCUGCUGCUCAGGCCAAGGCCAAGGCUGAGGCUGAGGCUGAGGCUGCUGCUCAGGCCAAGGCCAAGGCUGAGGUUGAGCCCGAAGCUGAAGCUACUGCUACGGCCAAGUCUCAGGAUGGCGAGGCCGAGGCUGCCGAGGCCGAGGCCGAGGCCGAGACCGAGGCUGCGGCUGACCUACCGGCCGCGGCUGAGGCUGAGGCCGAGGUCCGGACCGACACCGUUGCCAAGACCGAGACCGGGCCUGACAGGAGCGAGGCAGCCGACGCCGCAACGAAUGUUGUGGUCGAGUCUGCUAUGGACAAGUGGAUGAACGACGGGUCGGUUGCACCCGAGAUGGCGACCCCCCUCAACGCCGCUGCCGAUGCCGUUCUCAGCCGCAAGGCCAAGGCCGUGGCCGAUGGCGAGGCAGCUGCAGCUGCUAGCACUCCUUUGUCCGAACCACCGGCACCAAAGGCCGGCCGAAGCAGGAGAGGCCGAAGGGGCAGGGGCAAGAAGAACAGCAAGGGUGGCCAGGGCAAGAAAAGCAACAAGGGGCCUGGCAAGAGCACUGAGGGCGGCCAGAACAAGAACAAGAGCAAGAACAAGAACAACAAGGACAACAACAACAACAACAACAACAACAACAACAACAACAACAACAACAAGAACAACAAGAACAACAACAAGAACAACAAGAACAAGAACAACAAGAACAACAAGAACAACAACAACAACAAGAACAAGAACAACAAGAACAACAACAACAGCAACAACAGCAACAACAACAACAAGGACGGCCAGAGCAAAAACGCCGCUUCCGCCCGCCAGAAAGCCUCGCAGCAGCGGAAGGCCACAACGAGCGCAAAGCCCAAAACCAAGCCGCAGGGCUCAGGCAAAGACACGUCGACGCCGGACAAGCGCAACGGCAAGAGCCCGUCCUCGAAGCAGAACAACCGGUCGCGUGGCAAGGUUAACAACAGGCGCCGUGGUCAGCAGCGCAAGGACGCCACAAACGGUCCGGUCAAGCCGUCUGGCACCAAUCAGCCGCGGUCCCGGACCCAGUCUCGACAGAGCGCCCGUGACGGCCGCAAGGCCAAGGCCUCAAACAACAACACCAGCGGCCGCAACACUCGCCGCGACGCUGCCAAAUCGACCACCACACCGCAUCGCGCCCUGCUUGGUGCCGCCGCCACGGGGCGCACGCCCGUGCCAACCAAGCCCAGGUCCAAAGCCAAGCAAACCAAGACCAAGCCGCCGGCCAAGCCCAAGGAGCCACCGGCACCGGCCCGCUGGUCCAACCACUAA